GACGGAGCGAGGCAAUCGCUACCGCUCCUUUUUCGCCCCUUCUCCUUUGCAUCUCUUGCAUCUGCCUCCCGGUGGGUCUGGAACCUGGGAAGAAUAAAGAGAAGUCUUGGAACAUUAGCAACUUUUUGUUCCAUCAUGAGCUAGAGUCUGUUUUGUCAGAGGAUGCUGCCAGGAAAGUGCAGGUGUGUUUCUGUCACUAGAGACCACAACAAGCAACCCACCCACCCCCACACUGGGAGAAAGAAGCAUUUUAUGCAGGCUGAGCCCCGAUAGUCUGGAAGGAAGACAGGAUCAUAGUACACGGCCUGCUCUACACAUGCAGCGGUAUUCUGAAGUGACUGGAGAAGACCAUAGUGCUUCAGACUACAGGAACUUGUAGCUGUUGCCUUUGGCCCCAGAGGAGAAUGGAGGAAAUUUUGGCUGAUCUGUGUGCGAGCAGUCCGACAGAUCCACUCCCUGUCUGGGAACAUGGCAAUGUUGGACAUUGUUUCAACCAGCUGAUUCUAAACGUUUUCCCGCAUGCAAUCCUAGCUAUAGUCAGUGCCUGCUACAUAGGAACACCAAGAUCUUUGGAUUCUGGGAAUGUCCACAGACCUGGUUGGAAAUGCAGGAUUGCUGCAUCUUUUAUCCUUGCUGGCUUAUCUGUCCUAGACAUAAUUCCAGCAGCUGUAUGGCGACGAGAAUUGGGUUCCUUGUACCUAGAAGUACUGGCAAGUGGCAUAGCCACAUUGGCAUGGCUUACUCAUAGUUUGGCACUGCUUGCUCUCUACAAGUCUCCAUGUAGUUUCAGCCGCGGUCCCGCAACACUGCUGAUUCUUGCCUUCUUUCCGAUUCCCUCCCUUAUUAUCACUCUGGUUUGGCGCUGCCAGACUGAGAUGGGUGUUCAGGACCUCCAACCUGGCACUGUCUUCAGAGUGUCCAUCCUCUGCCUACAGUUGACCACAGUGGUUUUCUACAUAAUUGGAUACAUUAUGCCCAUGUCUAGCAGGCAUGACUUUUUCUGUAUCAAUGAUUCUUGGCAGCAUGAACCUCUCAUGACAGGCUCAGGGAUUUCUGUACCCACAUGGCAGGGAGUGGCAGAGGAUGGAGAGAGCUGGCUCUCACGUUUCUCCUAUGCUUGGAUGAAUCCUCUUAUGAAGCGUGGCUAUCAGUGGAUGUUAAAUCGGCCUCAGGACGUCUAUCAGCUACCUCGGCGGCUCCAGGCAGUCAGAGUCUGUGAACGCUUCUCCUCUUGCUGGCAGAAAAAGGCAGCUUUCAGACAAGAUGUUGAAGAGACUACAUCUUCCACAAACCGAUUAUUUGCCAAAAGCGAUGGAUUCCCAUCUCCAGAGCAUCAUCAUAAUAUUCGAAAGCGUGUGAGUCUCCUGUCAGUCUUGCAUGCAGCUUUUGGGCUGCGCUAUUAUUCCUUGGGCCUUCUCAAGCUGGCUGGCAGUCUGUUGGGAUUCUCAGGGCCCCUGCUCCUAAACCUGCUGGUCAGUUUUAUGGAAUCACGCCAAGAACCUCUUAGCCACGGGGUGCUGUAUGCACUAGGACUCUUUGCUGGUGCAUUCCUGGGUGCCAUCAUGAGGAAUCAGUUCAGUUACGAGGUGAACAAGAUGAUGCUGAUGGUGCGCACGGCCGUUAUCUCUGCUAUCUACCAGAAAGCUAUUGGGGUGAGUGGCAGUAGCCUGGCUAGCUUCACCACUGGGGAGAUUGUCAACUUUAUGAGCACUGACACUGAUCGGUUGGUCAAUUUCUGCCUCAGUUUCCAUGAGCUGUGGAGUCUUCCUUUCCAGUUUGCCAUCACACUCUACCUCCUGUACCAGCAGGUAGGCAUAGCCUUCUUGGGAGGGCUGGCUCUGGCUCUGCUGCUUGUUCCUGUUAAUAAAGUUGUUGCAAAUCGGAUCAUGGAGAACAACAAGGAGAUGCUGAAGCACAAGGAUACACGUGUCAAGCUGAUGACAGAGUUCUUGUGUGGCAUGCGAGUGAUCAAGUUCUAUACCUGGGAGCAGCAUUUUGGCACUAGAGUUUAUGGCUGCCGAGCCAAAGAGCUGAAGUCCUUACGUGCUAUCAAAUACUUGGAUGCUGUGUGUGUCUACCUCUGGGCAGCACUACCUGUGGUUGUCUCCAUCGUCAUCUUCAUCACAUAUGUUCUGCUGGGACACCAGCUCUCUGCUACCAAGGUGUUCACAGCCUUGGCGCUUGUUGGAAUGCUCAUUCUUCCUCUCAAUAAUUUCCCCUGGGUGCUGAAUGGAAUCUUGGAAGCCAAAGUGUCUCUGGAUCGAAUCCAGCACUUCCUUGAGCUCACCGACCAGGAUUUGGAUGCUUACUACAGCAGGGCUGGCCCCUCUGACCCAUGCUCUACCCUGGAAAUGCACCAGUCCACCUUUUCAUGGUCACCACCGAGCAAGGAUGGUGCUGAACAACAUGGGCCUAGAGGAAGCUUGCAACUCUUUAUUGAGGAUCUUACGGUGGCGAAGGGCAAGCUGGUGGGAGUUGUUGGGAAGGUUGGAUGUGGGAAGAGUACUUUGCUUGCAGCUAUCACUGGAGAACUCAGCAGUCAAGGCGAGCUGGUCUAUAUUGGGGAUCUGGAAAGAGGAUUUGGCUUAGCCACACAGGAGCCCUGGAUCCAGUUUACUAGCAUCCGUGAAAACAUUCUCUUUGGGAAAGAAUAUGAUGCCAGAUUUUACCAGGAAGUAGUGGAAGCCUGUGCUCUGUCUGAUGACUUGAAUAUCUUACCUGCAGGUGAUCAGACAGAGGUAGGUGAGAAUGGAGUGACCCUCAGCGGAGGACAGAAAGCUCGAAUUGCACUUGCCAGAGCUGUGUACCAGGAAAAGGACAUAUACCUUCUUGAUGACCCACUGGCAGCUGUUGAUGCAGAUGUAGCCAAUCACCUUAUGCAAAAGUGCAUUCUAGGAAUUCUUAGAAACAAGACUAGGAUUCUUUGCACUCACAGAACGGAGUUUUUAGAAAAUGCUGAUAUUGUAUUGCUGAUGGACAGCGGGCGCAUACUCAAGACAGGAACCCCAGCCGAGGUUCUGCCACUGGUGGAAGCUGCUCCUAAACUUAUGGAGACAGACAAGAGAAAGAAAGACAAAAUUCCUACAGAACACAUCCAGGAGGAGGACGUAGAGCCUGAAGAAGAGCAACCAAGCUGCUUUCUCAAGCAGGAAGAAGAGAAGAAAGAAGGGGCAGUGGCCUUCCUUGUCUACAGAGCAUAUUGGCUGGCUGUGGGCAGCUGCCUAGCAUUGUGUGUCCUCCUCUCUCUGCUGCUGAUGCAAGCUUCCAGAAAUGUCUCUGAUUGGUGGCUGUCAAACUGGAUCUCUAGCCUACCCCAUGCAGAGAAUGCCUCUAUCAGGAGCUUGUCAUGUCUGCCUUCCUCACAGCUGCUGCUCUUCUCCCAUGGCGGACUCAUUUCUCCAGUCCUGGCCUCCAUCCCUUCAAAUGGCACUUUGGAUGUGAAGUUUUACCUGACUGUGUAUGGCAGCAUCGCUGGGGCAAACUCUGUCUUCACUAUCCUGCGGGCCUUCCUCUUUGCCUAUGGUACCAUCCGUGCUGCUGCAGUCAUUCACAAUCGACUGCUCAGGAGGAUAAUGAAGGCCACAAUGACCUUCUUUGACAGUACACCAGCAGGCCGGAUCCUUAACCGUUUCUCCUCCGACUUGUACUGUGUGGAUGACAGCCUGCCCUUCAUGCUGAACAUCUUCCUGGCCAAUGUGUUUGGGCUGCUUGGCAUGCUAGUGAUGAUCACCUAUGGGCUGCCUUGGAUUGGCCUAGUCCUCCUGCCCUUGGCAGCUGUUUACUACUCCAUCCAACGCUAUUACCGGCGCACCUCCCGGGAGCUCAAACGCCUCUACAGUCUCACUCUGUCACCUAUCUACACUCACUUCUCAGAAACCUUGACAGGCCUCAGCACUAUCCGGGCUACCAGGGCUACAGGCAGGUUUGAGACAGAGAAUCAGCUGCGAUUGGAGCUCAACCAGCGCUGCCGUUUCGCCAGCAACACUGCCAUGCAGUGGUUGGACAUUCGGCUUCAAAUGAUUGGAGUAGCUGUUGUUACAGCUAUUGCAGUGAUCGCUAUUAUCCAGCAUCAGAGGAAACUGGGGAAUCCAGGUCUUGUGGGCCUAGCCCUUUCUUAUGCUCUGUCAGUCACAAACUUGCUGUCUGGGCUCAUCACCAGCUUCACACAAACAGAGACCAUGAUGGUGAGUGUGGAACGGGCAGAGGAGUAUGCGACAGAAAUCCCCAUAGAGCCUCAGGAAGGGCUGCUCCAGGUUGCAUCUGAUUGGCCAAGUCGAGGUCACAUAGAGUUCCAACAAGUUGUACUAGCCUAUCGGCCUGAGCUUCCCAAUGCCCUGGAUGGAGUGACUCUUACUAUCUACCCUGGGGAGAAAGUAGGGAUAGUUGGGCGCACUGGGUCUGGCAAAUCCACUCUCUUCUUGGCUCUUUUCCGAAUGGUAGAGCUUAGAGCUGGCCGGAUUCUCCUGGACAAUAUCGACAGCCAUUACGUUAGCCUGAAGGAGCUGAGGUCUAGAUUGGCCAUCAUCCCCCAAGACCCAUUCUUAUUCAGUGGGUCAGUCCGUGAAAACUUGGAUCCUCAGGGGCAAUACACAGAUGCUGACCUAUACCAAGUCCUGGAGCAGUGCCAUCUGCAGGAAGUGAUUACAGAGAUGGGUGGAUUAGAUUGUGAACUGGGGGAAAGAGGGAAAAGUCUCUCGGUGGGACAAAGGCAACUGGUUUGUCUAGCAAGGGCUCUACUUACCCAGGCCAAGGUUCUGUGCAUUGAUGAGGCUACUGCAAGCGUGGAUCAUAAGACAGACAGAUUGCUCCAGCAGACCAUCCGUCAGCGAUUUGCAGACAAAACAGUGCUAACUAUCGCUCACAGGCUGAACACCAUUUUGGAUUCAGACCGAGUGCUGGUGAUGCAUGCUGGGAAGGUGGCAGAGUUUGAUUCCCCUGCUGUCCUCAGCAAGAAGCAGGACUCCAUGUUUCAGCACCUCCUGCACAGUGGGCAGCAGUGACCUCCCUGCAGGUUCUUUAAGACUUGGCACCGUAUGCUUGUGAAGCAUCCCCUCUGCUGUGUGGUCCCUUUCCUGCCAUUCCCCUCUAUCCCUUACUUUAGGGGAGUAUGCACUCCACAUUAUG